AGGAGUUGAUUUCCGGUUUGCUUUGUUGACUGUUGUCUCUAAGCGGCGGGACGCUUGAACAGGCCGGAGUGGGGCUGCGGGUUGGAUGGAAUUGAAGAGAUUUGCUUUGUUUAGUGAAGAGCGCAGCGGGGACGGGUCUGGUCGACCCUGUGCGCGGUGGGUUAAUGGCGGUGUGAUCAGGCUCUGCUCCGUUAUUCAGCACAACUGCAGUUAUUGAAGACUUUUCUAGCGGCAGUUUUGACCGGAAGUGAAGUGAGAAAGUAAUGUCAGCUUUAACUUCCAAAAUAUUCUGAUAAAUGCAGCGCUGUGGGCUGGAACAUGGCCCCUAAAAAGCAGAAGGACGGUCAGCGAGUGAAUAUCUCCAGCUCACUGGAGUCGGAGGAGAUCAGUCUGGAGACCACGGUGCCCACGGAGGACAUCUCGUCCUCAGAUGAGAAAAGCAGCACUCACAAGGUCACCAAGCAGGUGCUGGAGAGGAAGGAGCUUCUGCACAACAUCCAGCUCCUGAAAAUCGAGGUGUCGCAGAAAAACCUCAUCAUCGACAACCUCAAAAUGGAACACCUAACCAAAAUGGAGGAGCUGGAGGAACAGCUGAAUGACACGCUGCAUCAGAAGCAGAUCCUCACCCUUCGCCUGGACAGCCAGCUCAAAAUGCAGCAGGAUGAGAACAGGAAGCAGCAGGCUCUGAUGAAACAGGAGAUGGACACCAUCUUGGUGCGGCAGAAGCAGCUGGAGGACACCAACAGGCAGCUGUGCGAGCGGGCCAGCGACAUCCGGCGCAGCCUGAGAGACGUCGAGCUGAGCGAGGAAAAGUAUCUGGAACUGAGAGCUCUUCCUGAAGACAAGCUCUCCAUCCCUGAAUAUGUAGCGGUGCGCUUCUACGAGGUGGUUACACCAUUAAGAGCUCUGGCGACCGAGCUGCAGGUGAAGAACAACCACCUGGUGGACGACCUGGACAGCCAUCGCAAGCAAAUCAAAUCCCUCAUGGAGAGUUAUGAGGAUGAGAGAAGAGCGCGCUCGGAGCUGGAGAUCCGCUGCCAAAGGCUGGUGCUGGAGCUGGCCGACACCAAGCAGCUCAUCCAGGAAGGAGACUACAAACAUCAGAACUAUGACACAGUGAAGCGAGAGCGAGACAGCUACGAGUCGGAGGUCCGAGAGCUGAGGAAGAAGCAGGAGAUAAUGGACCUGACGCAAACCUCACUGACCAAGGAGAGGAACGAUCUCAGUAAAGAGGCGGCCACACUGCAGCAGUCCGUGACUCUGCUCCAGAAGGAUAAGGACUACCUGAACAGGCAGAACAUGGAGCUGAACAUACGCUGUGCCCAUGAGGAGGAGCGUCUGGAGAGGCUGCAGGUUCAGCUGGAGGACUGCAAGAAGGCCAGGGAGGAGGUUUACGACAAAUACGUGGCUUCUAGGGAUCACUAUAAGACCGAGUACGAGAACAAACUGAGGGACGAGCUGGAGCACAUCCGACUGAAGACCAGCCAGGAGAUCGAGAGCCUUCAGCGCACGUCGAAAGAGCUGUACGAGAGAGAGAACAGAAACCUCCGUGAAUCCCGGGAUAACGCCGUCCUGGAGAAAGAGCGAGCCGUCGGGGCCGAGAGAGACUCCCAGUCCAAAUAUGAUCAGCUCCUAGAGCAGUUCAGGCAGCUGCAGCUCAACUCGGAGAGCCGCGUGUCCGAGCUGAAGAACCAGAUGAAGCUGAAGGCGUUUGAAGCCGAGCGUGCUCAGAUCAUACAGGAGGAGGCGGCCAGGAACCUCAGCCUGUGCCAGAUCGAGUGUGAGAAACAGCAGAAGAAGCUGGAGGUUCUAACCAAGGAGUUCUACACACUACAGUCAUCAUUGGAGAAACGCAUCACAGAGCUGCAGGCCCACAAUGCCGAGCAGCAGGUGAGGCUGGAGACCUAUGAGAAGCUGGAGAAGGAGCUGGAUGACGUCACCAUGCAGGCAGCAGAGAUGGAAAACGAGGACGAAGCGGAGAGGGUGCUGUUUUCAUACGGCUACGGGGCGAACGUGCCGACCACGGCCAAGAGGAGGCUGAAGCAGAGUGUUCAUCUGGCAAGAAGGGUUCUGCAGUUAGAGAAGCAAAAUACUUUACUAAGGAGAGACCUGGAGAGAAGCACCGCCCACACAGGGCAGAUCUCCGAAGAGCUGCAGGCAGCUAAUCAGCUUCUUCAGCAGGCUCACCAGCCACACAGUUACCUCAUCGAGACGGUUCACCAGCGGGACACGCAGAUCCAGUCUCUAAAAGAGCGCCUCUCGCUGCUGGAACAGGAAGUGAGCUCGUUGAAGAAAGAGAGAGCAUCUCUUCUACAGGUGAAAAACAACAUGGCUGCCGAUCUGGAGCGGCUCCUGAGCCACAGAGAGGAGCUGUCUGCCAUGAAACAGGUGCUGGUCAGCCUGCGAUCACGUCAGAACCGAGAGCCUGAACCGGAGCUUGGCGGUGGCGGCAGCAGAGCAGUGGAACGGCGGCCCAGAGAACUCAGCAGAACGGCGGACGGGGAGCAGAACCAGCUCCGACCCAAACCUACAGUGUUUACCAAUAAAGAAGUUCCUGAGUGGCACAGAAAGCUGAAGGCGACAUCCAAAUGAUCUGCACAAACUUGUUUUUACCAGAGGAACAUUAUGUACAGUUUUACUGAUGGACACUGGAUUUCACUUUGUGUACAGUAUGUUUUGUGGUUGUCUCAUCUCAUCUCAUUACUGUAGCCGCUUUAUCCUUCUACAGGGUCGCAGGCAAGCUGGAGCCUAUCCCAGCUGACUACGGGCGAAAGGCGGGGUACACCCUGGACAAGUC